AUGACGGCCCUCGGCGAGCCGCUGGUACGCUUUGUCGUUCUCGUCGCGGCGCUGGUGAACGCGGUCGCCGGCCAAGGGGGCAAUCCUAAGGAUCCUUGCCCAGCCCACUGCUACACCGCGGGAGCAGCACCAACCAAUUGGUCCGUCUACCACAACCUGGAUCAGCUCCAUCGGUGCCCGCAGCGUUUCUUCUUCGACUUCUCCGUCGACGACAACGUUGACGAGCCCAAUACCUUGCAUCGUCUUCGGGCUUGUGGCCUCUGGGGUGCGGACUGGAACCGCCUUCCGGCAUCGCCCACGCCGCCGCUGCCGGCCACGGAGGUCAAUGCCACUUUCCAGCUGGGAUGGUUGGACGCCGGAAGUACCACGGUCCUGAGCGGAGACGCCACUUCACUCUUGUCUCAUCUAGGCGCCUAUCUUUCCAAGGGCUUCGGCACUGACAGCGGUUCAACCGUCCUGUUUGGUCUCACCGGCAACGCGACCUUCGGGUUUUACCUUGGCUCGGCAUUGCAGCGUGAAGGCACAGGAAACACCUUCGUCCUCAACACGAUUCUAUCAGCCUUCCGCUCCAGAGGCCUUGGUGGUGGACUGGUGGCGCAACUCUGCGGCCCGGGGCGGGCUGCAGACCACGUCCUUGGACUCGCCGUCGCCGUGAACGGCAGCUUCCAGGCUGUCCAAGCGGCCGUGAGAAAGUGGAGACAGGCCGAGUGUGUCGAACCGGCCGUGCCCUUCUCCGAGAGGCUCAACGUCACCGGGCCGCUUUAUGUCACCGCGCCUCCGCUGUAUCCUGUCUCCAAUGAUACGGAUUUCACUGCCCCGAACAGCACCCUAGGCAACUCGACCGCACUUCAUGCCUCUCUUCUUCCCCGUAGCGAGUGCCGCACAAUUCAGGUGGUGUCUGGCGACAGUUGCGGCUCUCUCGCUGCAAAAUGUGGUAUUUCCGGCGCAACGUUCAUGUCAUACAACACGCAGCCCAAUCUCUGUGCCACCUUGCAGCCAUAUCAGCACGUCUGCUGCACCUCGGGAACCCUUCCCAACUUCCAACCCCAGCCAAACGCGGAUGGCUCGUGCGCGACUUACACGACGGUCGCCGAUGACUCCUGCUGGAAGAUUGCCGCGUCUCGCAGUCUAAAGCCUGAUGACCUCGAGAGCUUCAACAAAAACACGUGGGGGUGGAACGGCUGCAGCAACCUGUGGGUUGGCGUGAACAUAUGCGUGAGCAAAGGAGACCCUCCGAUGCCUGCCGUGAUCCCCAACGCUAUGUGCGGUCCGCAGGUCCCCGGGACAGCCAAGCCCCCUCCGGGAACUGACCUCUCCACGCUGAACCCCUGCCCACUCAACGCGUGCUGUGAUGUUUGGGGGUUUUGUGGCACGACAGCCGAGUUCUGUACCAACACUAGUACGGGGGCUCCAGGCACGGCGGCUCCGGGCACCAACGGCUGCAUCUCGAACUGCGGCACCAGCAUCAUCCGGAGCGGGGACGUCAACUGGCAAAGGAUUGGGUACUUCGAGGGGUACAACCUGGGCCGGCCAUGCGUCCACCUCGAUGUCUCGCAAAUUGACACGUCCCAAUAUACACACAUCCAUUACGCUUUUGCGACGCUUACCAAGGACUAUCAGGUGGUCAUCGGCGACAUUGCGGCGCAGUACGAGUUCAGGAAGUUUGCUGCGCUCACUGGGGUUAAAAGGAUUCUUUCCUUCGGCGGCUGGACAUUUUCGACCGAUCCCAGCACCGCCAGCAUCUUCCGCACCGGCGCGACGGCGGCCAACCGGCUGGCCAUGGCCACCAGCAUUGCCGACUUCAUCAAGAGCAACAACCUCGACGGGGUCGACAUCGACUGGGAAUACCCCGCCGCACCGGACAUGGCCGGUGCCAGCCCAAGCGACGGACCCAACUACCUCGCCUUCCUGGUGCUGCUCAAGAACAUGCUCCCGGGGAAGACCGUUUCUAUCGCUGCCCCGGCUUCGUUCUGGUAUCUGAAAGGCUUCCCCAUCAAACAGAUUUCCGCCGUGGUCGACUACAUUGUCUACAUGACGUACGACCUCCACGGUCAGUGGGACUUUGGCAGCAAGUGGAACGAUCCCGGCUGCCCCGGCGGCAGCUGUCUUCGUAGCGACGUGAACCUUACCGAGACCAUCAACGCGCUGGCCAUGAUCACCAAGGCCGGCGUGCCCUCCAGCAAGGUCAUGGUGGGCGUCACGAGUUACGGCAGAUCCUACGGCAUGACCACUCCUGGAUGCUGGGGCGAGAUGUGCACUUUUGGCGGCGGCCCGCACAACGAGUCCAUGGCCGAGCCCGGCCCCUGCACCGGCGUGGCAGGAUACCUCUCCGAUGCCGAGAUCAAGGACAUUGCGGCGUCGUCGAGUCGCGUGGUCACUUCCUUCUUCGACUCCAAGAGCCAGACGGACGUGCUGGUGUACGACAACAAUCAAUGGGUCGGCUACAUGUCCCCAACCACCAAGAGCAACCGGGCUGCCCUGUACAAAAGCCUGGGUUUGGGCGGCGUCUCCGAUUGGGCCAUCGACCUGGAAGACAACCCGGGGCCGCCGGCGAACACAGAACCGUCCUGGAACAGCUUCAUCUCGAGGGUGUACGCAGGCGGCGACCCCGACCUCGGACGGCGCUGUGGCAACUGGACGUCCAUACCCUGCGACGCCGAGAUAGCUGAAAACGACAUCGGCCACACGGCAGCCUCCCGGUGGGCCGCACUGGACUGUGACGACGCCUGGGCCGACGCGCUGGAUCACUACCGCAAGGUUGACCGACCCAUGGGAACAUCACUGAUGAAUUCGCUUCAGCACUCGUUCAAGAUUACCGAGGCGGCAGAUUGCGGGUACAUGGAUGAGUCGAACGGCUGUUCCAAUAUGGCCCAGUGUCCGACGGGUCAUGCCGGGGACACGGGCCCCGCAGGCUGGGUCAUCUGGAACUCACUGAUCAACCUGAACCGAAUGUACUUGCAGUACUACGAUUCCUUGUUUCAAGCGGGCGUCAUCAUCGACGCCACCCUGGGAAGCUUCCACGACACCUUUGACCCCGUUCCUGAAGACAAAGACGGCGAAACCUGGCUGCAAGUCCUCCUCGACAUAGUUGGCAUGGGCGCCAUUCUCGUAGCCGCGCCUUUCUUCAACAACUUCUUAGCAAGGCUUCCCUACUUCAACGCCGCCGAUCGCGUGGACACCCCAAAGGACAUCACGUACGGCGCGCUCGCCACUGGCAUCUCCAUCGCCAAGGACCUCCUCGCAGGCCAGAGCUCGGUAGACAGUUGGACGAGCCAAAACCAGAAUAACGUGUCGGCCCUGCUGGGUCAGGUUCUUGAAGGAUGGGGAAACGCCACCGAGCAGGCAGCUUUAAGCUGGUUCAGCGGCACUGAUGAAUCUCUCGCCAAGCUGUCCAAGCUGAUCGGCGGCGGCCACCUGAUGCCCGUCGGCUUGAGCGACGGCAACCCGCCUGAGAAAAUAACACAGACGGAGCUUCAGGGCAUCAUCUUGCGAUCCUUCUACGCCUUCGCCAUCCCCAAGGCCUGGAUCCUGUCCAAACACUCGCCCGUGAUCAUCGACUCUGGCGCCUCAUGCGGGGCGGACCUGGGUCCAUUCGCUGGUACCUCGUUCUCUGAUGGCAGGCCUUUCUUUGUGCCUGGCGUCAUCAACCAGGUAUGGGCAUGCUACCCGCCCAAGACAGGAAAGCUGUACUUCCUCGGGACUCCAAGUGGCAAUGCUUUGGAUUGCGACAAUGGUUGUGACCCGCUCAGCACCUUUGGCGACCCGUGUGAUCCAAAGUGCCGGCGGAAUCCGUUCGAUUCACUCCCUGGAAUGGACGCUCUGGCGAGCGGGGACAACGUCUUUGGCGGUGUCACACUCCAGGAUGUUAUUACUGGAGCGUUACGCACGUUUGAAGCAAACGGUCGCAAGAACGGCGGCCUCAAGAUCGACCCCGGCUCGUCAGCAUUCCUGGACAGUGCGAUGGCCCGGGACAUCACCACUCCGGGAUUUAUCAACAUCCCGGUGUGCAGCUACGACGAGGCAUGGAGUAACUGGGAAAGCGCCACUGAUUGGCGGGCGCCGGUCAAGGUUGAUCCCAACUACGCGACGUACCCGUGCAACAAGGUCUGA